UUUUAGGUUAGAAUUUAUCACUCACACGGUUUUUUUGGUUGUUAUGGUUUUAAAUUAAAUUUUUUGAUGUUUUUGACAAGUACUCAGGCGGUGUGGCAACGCAAGGAUCCAUAUUCCAUUUAGGCUUAAUAUGAAAGAUAUUUGACUAUUUAAGUGAUAGUGGUUGAGCGAAAAGUUGGAUAUAAUGCUACGAUUUAACCAGGCACUUAAUGUGUCCAAGCAUUUUUACUUUAGGAAUUUUUCCUCUGUUACCCUUUCAAACUACAAACCGAGCUUGAGCAGCUUAAACAAUUUAAAAUCACCACAAAUAGCAGCAUCACAGCAGAAGCAUUUUAGCAGUGAUUCAGACAAAAAGGUAGGUGAUGCCUGUGAACAAGUGACAUCCCACCCUUCCUCAAAAUCCAAGUAUUCCCAAUCUGCUGAUUCUCCUGACAGUGUUAAAUUAAAAGAGUGUCAUCCUGUAGAAAUUAACCCUUUGAAGGCUUCUCCCUAUUCAAUUCCACCGAAAACAGGAUCUAGCACACCAUGUAACAUUCCAAGUGGAAUGGAUAGAAUGCCUCAGCCUGAGGGUGCUUGGGAUGAACAUGAACGCAAACAUAAAGCGAAAGGUAGAAAGUUCCUGCUACUUGGGUUGCUUGCCACAGCUCUGUCUAUUGGAACUAUCUAUUAUCUGGAUAAGAAACGGGUGCCUCAAAAACAAACACAAGCCCAUAAGAAGAAAGCCGCUAAAGCUGCAGCAAGUGCCGGAAUAACCAAAAUUCCACCCAGUUCUGACCAAAUUCCUAAGGACAUACCGUAUCUACUUAUUGGCGGUGGUACUGCCUCUUUUACCGCAUUUAGAGCUAUUAAAUCCUCUGAUCCUACGGCUAAGGUUCUCAUUAUAUCAAACGAGCCUUAUUACCCGUAUAUGCGCCCCCCACUUUCAAAGGAAAUUUGGUUUAACGAGGAUAAUGAUGUGUCAAAGAGACUAAUUUUUAAGCAAUGGAAUGGAUCUGAAAGGAGUUUAUUUUAUGAACCUGACGACUUUUAUAUUGAAUGCGAAAAUCUUAUGAAAAGCGAAAAUGGUGGUGUAGCAGUGGCACGUGGCUGGUCAGUGUCGCAUUUGGAUGUCAUGGAAAAGCUAGCGUAUUUAGAUGAUGGUUCUCAAAUUAAAUAUAACAAAUGUCUUAUCGCUACAGGUUCGACACCACGACUGUCACCGGUAUUUGAGGUGGCAGUUGCAGAUGACAACCUAAAAAAUCAAAUUAAGGUAUUUAGGAACAUCGAUGAUUUUAAGGAUAUGCUGGAUUCUUUUGAGGAGGCAAAAUCAGUGGCCGUUAUAGGUGGUGGGUUUUUAGGCAGUGAGUUGGCUUGCGCUUUCGGAAGGAAAGAUAAAAAGAAAAAUAAAGACAUUUAUCAAAUAUUCAGAGAAACUGGUAAUAUGGGAAGAAUUCUUCCGGAAUACCUUAGCUUGUGGACGUCACAGAAAGUUAGAGCCGAAGGCGUUCAGGUUGUACCGAAUACGGAAAUUGUUGGCGUCAAAUCGAAAAACAAUCGAGUCGAACUGACCCUAAGCAGCGGAAAAACAGUCAUGGUGGAUUUCGUUAUUGUCGCCGUCGGUGUGGAAGCAAACACUGACUUGGCCGAAAAGUCCGAUUUGGAGGUGGACCCAGAACUUGGUGGAUAUUUAGUAAAUACUGAGCUUCAAGCAAGAACUGAUUUGUAUAUAGCAGGAGAUUGCGCGUGCUUUUACGAUCCAAGAUUGGGCCGUAGGCGAAUAGAACAUCACGAUCAUGCAGUCGUCUCUGGAAGAUUAGCAGGUGAAAAUAUGGCAGGUGCUCGCAAUCCUUACGAGCACCAAAGUAUGUUUUGGAGUGAUUUGGGACCGGAGGUAGGUUAUGAAGCCAUCGGUAUCGUCGAUUCGAAAUUGCCUACAGUCGGCGUAUUUGCCAAACAGACAAACAAAGAUACCCCGCAAGCUGUAGUUGAACAAACUGGCGAAGGUGAUAGAUCAAAAACCGAAGAGCUACCUCAAGAAUGUGAGAAAUACCUUUCGGAAGAAGAAAAGGCGAAACUAAAGGAAUCCAGAAAACUAAUGCCAAAUCCCAGAGAAGGAGAGGAUUACGGAAAAGGUGUCAUCUUUUAUUUGCGGAACGACAUUGUUGUCGGAAUUGUUUUGUGGAACGUGUUCAACAGGAUGUCGAUAGCGCGACAAGUACUAAAAGAACAAAAGAAAUACGAUGACCUUAACGAAGUGGCGAAACUUUUCAAUAUCCACGAGGACGAAUAAGAAAGACUUUAAGCAUUUAUCGUAACUAUCGUAAGAGAACCAACAAUUUUUUUUGUGAUUCGUUUUCAUUGAUCACUUACAUUUAUAGGUUAAGUAUUUUUAUUUUUAAGAGAGCCUUUUUUAAUAGUAAUUUGUAAAGAAAAGUGUUAUAUAGGUGUACUGUUUGGCUAAUAUAUUGUAAAUUAUGAAUUGUA